AUGUUUUGGAAGAUCUUGCUGUUGACACUUUUUGGAGGGAUUCUCGCGUCGAACGAAGAAUCGUAUGUGGAGGAGUUGCUCAUCUCAAGGCUUCCGUCGGAUCAUCACUUGGCACAGUUCCGCUUCAUCAUUACGAGCCGCUCCCUGGAACUUGGGCCUAACUAUGAGCUCUUCCCGCGAGUACUUGGACAACUUCUACAAGCUCAUGGCAUUCAGGAACUAGAAUACAUUGCAACACAAGGAGUUUGGCACUCAGAUCAUUACGGACCACCCCCGCAACCCGCCUCAUCGACAGGAGCCUUUUUGAGCGCCAAAUUCGACGGGCCGUCAAACACCGUCGAUGAUCGCUGGCUUUCGGUGGUAAACUCUUUGAAUGGCGCUUUUUGUGCAUCGUUGCUGUCGAUGGUGCCAGCUGAAACGUAUAAACAAAAGAAUGAGCGGAAAGGCGACUAUCCAAAGGCAAAGAAACUCUUUUCGCGAGCUGGCACCCUUCCCAGAGAAGCACUUUGUACAGAAAAUUUGACGCCUUGGAGAAAGUUGUUGCCUUGCAAGCAAAAUGGGCUGAUUAGUCUACUUAACCCGCAUAAGCUCUACGGGUCACUGUUUCACUCGAUGGGCUUUCAUAUUCAUCCAGAGUGUAAGGACAAUUCUUGUUGGUAUCGACUUGAGCUUUCAGCUAUCGUGCUCUUUGAUGUCCCCAUCUCGGAAAAUAGGCGACUUGAUUGGUCUUUGAAGUCAUUCUUCGACCGACCAAUUUCCGGCGUGUGUAAUGCAGCGACACGCAGCACCGUGCUAGUGCAUCAACACGAAGAGCAAGCGGAUAGCGAUAAACCGGCUGAUGUUAUCACGAUCAAUGGGCAACAGUUUGCCGUAUACCCAACAGAGCAGAUUCUUGGCGAGAAAACCGAAGGCAACAUCUUUGUGCGUUACACCAAGUCGGUUGAUUUGCAUAAAAAAAACCCACCGAGAGCUCUGAGCAUCUCAUCAACACUUGGAGGAAAGGAUACAUUUUCUGGACUACUGCUCACAACAAUCAAAAACAAUGAAAAUGAAAAACACACGGUUGUUUACGAGCAAGUGUUGCCGUGGUGGGUACGUUUCCAUUAUCAUACGAAACAAGUUCUGUGCCAUGACUCUAAACAGGAAAUCGUGAAACCAUAUGUGGCAAACAGAGUUUUCUCGGGAGCAAUUGAUCGAAAGCGCCCGGCUUACAUCCAAAUGGAGAUCGAGCUUCCAGCCAAUUCAAAAUGCAUCGUCUCUUACAAUUUUGAGAGAGCUUUCCUAAGAAUGGCCGAAUACCCACCUGAUGCGAAUCAUGGACUUUACAUCCCGGCCGCUACAAUCACACUCAUGAAAAGGAUUUCUACAGGUCUUCCCGAGGAUAGCCGCUGUACGGAAAGGCUAGGCAACAGCUCCGAAUGUGAACCAAGGGCAAAGCAGAUGGUCUUUUCAAACGUUUUGCUAGUACCGAUGCCAGUUCCCGACUUCAGUAUGCCUUUCAACGUGAUCUGUUUAGUUGGGACGGCUGUUUCUCUAUGUUUUGGAGCUGUUCACCCCUUCUCAACGAGAAUUUUGGUUCCAAUCAACGAAAAACUUCCUGGACAAUCAAUUUGGAGAACAAUUUUCCGUGGAAUUCUCCUUGUACUGAUGGCUGGCGCUUGCUACAUGGAAUACAACAACAUCAGCCUGAACGCUCUUCGCCGAGAAAUCGAAAAAUUGCUCAGUUUUCAGUUU